AUGGAUGUUUCCUGGAAGCUGGGGAAAGGAGAAGUCAGGCAUCAAGGAGACCAGAAGGUGUACUGUCAGAUGAAUCCAGACCAACGAGCCUGGACAGUGAUUCAGACCAGGAUGGAUGGAACCGUCAACUUCUACCGGCCCUGGAUUCAGUACAAGGUCGGCUUUGGUUCGGUGAAGGGAGAACACUGGCUCGGUCUGGACAACCUCCACUAUCUUACCUCAGGACCCACGAAGUUUGAGUUACUGGAGGACUUUGAGGGAAAUAAAGCGUCCGCUCAUUACGGGUUGUUCUCCGUCGACUCUGAGUGUAACGGAUACAACUUGACUGUGUCUGGAUUCACAGAUAAAGGAGCAGGAGACUCCAUGGUGCCACACAAUGGCAUGAAGUUCUCCACCUUUGACAAAGACCAGGACAUGUGGCCUGAGAACUGUGCCUCAAGCUACAUGGGAGGUUUCUGGUACAACGAAUGUCACCAAGCAAACCCUAAUGGGGUUUAUCGCUGGGGGCAGGAGAAGACUCCCUUUGCUGUUGGAGUUACAUGGUACACUUGGAAAACCACCUAUGACUACUCUGUGAAGUCCAUUGUCAUGAAGGUCCGUCCUGUGCAGCCUAAGUAACUUUCCAGGAGCAGCAGCAGACCAGAUGUUGAUCUGUCUCAA